CAGCAGAAAGGCAGCCAUUGCUCCUCAACCUCGAAUGUCCGAACAUCAAGAACCUGUAACCAUGCACCUACCUCAGAGACCAAGUGGAUUUUUUAAGCAAAAAAACACUUGGUUUCUGUCCGCCGUUCGUUCUUUUAAAGCAACCAUGGAUCGAUCAAACAAAAGGCCAGCGCCAGAUGGCGACUGUGACGAACCGACUGGGAAGAACACGCCAGUCUCUCUCACACAUCCCGUUAGCCCUCCCUUGAAAAGGCGUCAACUUGCACCGUCACCAAAGGGAAAAAAGGAUACUGUGCCACCAUCAACGUCAACUCGCGUAUUCAAGUCCCCGUUCCAGCUCACCAAGAUUCGGGAUCUACCUCCAGAGAUGAACAAAGAUACGGUCACACUCAAGGACAUCCUAGGUGACCCGCUAAUUUCAGAAUGCUGGGAGUUCAACUAUCUUCAUGACAUAGACUUCCUCAUGUCUGCCUUUGACCAGGACGUUCGUCAUCUCGUCAAAGUUCAUGUGGUUCAUGGGUUUUGGAAGAAGGAGGACCCAAGCAGGCUGAAGCUGCAGGAAGCGGCAUCCCGCUUCCCAAAUGUCACUCUUCACAAUGCCUUUCUCCCUGAGAUGUUUGGCACCCACCACUCCAAGAUGAUGAUCCUCCUCCGGCACGAUGAGACAGCCCAGAUCGUCAUACACACAGCCAACCUGAUUGUCCGUGACUGGGCCAACAUGACCCAGGCUGCCUGGCGCUCGCCGAGCCUUCCUCUCAUGGAGCCCCCACAGCAGGAUGCCAGCCAGGAGGAAGCCAAGAUCGGCAGCGGAGCCAAGUUCAAGAUGGACUUACUUAACUACCUUAGAGCCUACGACACCCGUAGGACCACCUGCAAGCCCAUCAUCGAGCAAUUAUCCAAGUAUGACUUCUCCGCAAUCCGGGGUUCACUCAUCGCCAGCGUGCCGGGUCGACACAGACUCGACGACCCCUCGCCCACCAGAUGGGGUUGGGCAGCAAUGGCGCAAGCCCUCCAAGCCGUUCCCGUUUCCCCAACAAAACCCGAGAUCGCCAUCCAGAUCUCCUCCAUCGCAACGCUCGGCCCAACAGACACCUGGCUCAAAAACACCCUCUUCCGCUCCCUCAGCGGCGGCAAAAACACCACCACCGCCACCGCCGCCGCCGCCGCCACUACCCCCCAACCACCCUCCUUCAAAGUCGUCUUCCCCACCCCAGACGAGAUCCGCAAGUCACUCGACGGGUACGGCUCCGGCGGCUCGAUCCACACCAAGACACAAUCAGCACAGCAAGCGAAGCAACUCACCUACCUAAAACCCAUCUUCCACCACUGGGCCAACGACUCCGCCAACGGCACCCAACUCGUAGACACUACAACCAUCCACGAAGCCGGCCGGAAACGCGCGGCGCCACACAUCAAGACAUACAUCCGUUACGGCAGCAACAGCAACAGCAACAGCAACAGCAACAGCAGCAACAGCAGCAGCAACGACGCGCCGGUGCCAGCCGCCCCUCCCUCUGUCGACUGGGCGCUGGUCACGUCAGCCAACCUGUCCAAGCAGGCGUGGGGCGACGCGGUCAGUCCCCAGGGCGAGGUACGCAUUGCGUCGUACGAGAUUGGAGUUCUCGUCUGGCCGGGGCUGUAUGCCGAGGGCGCGACCAUGACGCCGACUUUCCUGACGGAUUCGCUAGGGGACGGGGAGGGGGAGGUGGUGCAGGAGGGGAAGGCUGCUGUCGUGGCGUUGCGCGUGCCGUAUAACCUGCCGCUGCAGGCGUAUGGGGUGGGGGAGGUGCCGUGGGUUGCGACGGCGAGGCAUCUGGAGCCGGACUGGAUGGGGCAGGUUUGGCAGCAUGGCUAAGUGCCUCAGGGACGUGGUUGGGUUGGCUUGGCCGGCGUCACUUGGCUGGUGGAAAGAGGGG